UUUUUUUUUUUUUGUUAUUUCACCCAGACGGGAAUCGACUGUUGAAAAAUUCUUUGCGCGAAUACGGCUGGCAGUUAUAUAUAGCCAAAACCGGCCGAUUCCGAACUCUCCCUACAAUAAAUUCUUUUGACAGCACUAUUUGAACCGCCAGGGAACCGAACCAUUCGAUACUUCUCGAUCCUUUCUCAGCGACCUGUCACUGUAAUUUUUAGUCAUCCCGCAAACUUGCACAACCACUAAUCAGCAUGUCCAAACAACAACACCCUUCGUCCAAGACUCAAAUUACCCGCCGCAGAGACACCGCAGACAUGACAUUCGAACAAGUCCUGCACAAGGGCAGUUCGGCCAAUAUGGGCGGACUUAGCUCCAUGCUGGGCAAGGACCGCGAGGCUUCCAAAACGGCUGUUGAUCAAUAUUUCCGGCAUUGGGAUGGUAAAACGGCAAAAACCGAGACCACCAAAGUACGCGAGGAGAGAAAGGCCGACUAUGCCACAUUAACGAGACAGUAUUACAACCUAGUGACCGACUUUUACGAAUACGGAUGGGGACAAUCUUUCCAUUUCUGCACCUUUGCCCCCGGAGAAACUUUUGCCUCGGCCAUUACACGAUACGAACACACCCUCGCGCACCGCAUCGGUAUCAAAAAGGGCAUGAAGGUUUUGGAUAUCGGAUGCGGUGUCGGCGGACCUGCGCGGCAAAUCGCAAAGUUUACCGGCGCCAAUAUUACGGGCAUUACAAUCAACGAGUACCAGGUUGAACGCGCCAGGCGGUAUGCCGAGAUGGAAGGUUACGGGGCGGGCGAGCAAUUGAAAUUUGUGCAGGGAGAUUUCAUGGCGCUGCCGUUCGAAAAAGAAACCUUCGACGCCGUGUACUCGAUCGAGGCCACUGUGCACGCGCCAAAAUUGGAGGACGUUUACAAGCAGAUUUUCAACGUCCUCAAGCCCGGCGGCAUCUUUGGGCUGUACGAAUGGGUCAUGACGGACGCCUACGACGAAAACGACCCCCACCACAAGGAGAUCCGUUUCGGCAUCGAGCACGGUGGAGGCAUCGCCAAUCUGCAAACGGCGCAAACGGCCAUCGCGGCCAUCAAGGCGGCCGGCUUUGAGCUCCUCGAGUCUGAGGACCUGGCCGACAACUCGGACCGCGCGCCUUGGUACUGGCCGCUGGGAGGAAACGCCUGGCAGUACGCGAGCACCUUUGGCGACAUCUUGUCGACGUUUACAAUGACCCCUGCCGGGCGUGCGAUUGCGCACACCGUCUUGGGAGUCGUGGAAUCCAUCGGCCUGGUACCCCCCGGAACCAAAAAGACGGCCGACAGCUUGUCGACGACGGCGGCUGCGCUGGUCGCGGGAGGAAAGGAGGGGCUGUUCACGCCCAUGUUUUUGAUGGUGGCAAGGAAGCCGGUUGCGAAAGAAUGAAAAUGGGGUUGGCUGUGAUUGGCUUGGCGGAGUACCGAAGCCAGAACCGGAGCGACUUUUGUGUUGGAUUGAGACGAUAUAGUGUGCUAGCAAACCAACGAUUUCCAUAAUGUUUCAUCUUGAAGCUCUCUCUCC